GAAGAUUUUCAACGAAUGAGGAAAGAGUAGUUCCAAACUAUGAAGUGUAACUAACCUCAAUCAAAUUUACUUUUAGUCGAACUGUCACUUACUACGCUUCGGUGCGUUAGAAUAAAAUUGUCGACAGUCUUUGAAGUAUUAAGAUUUAUAUUUAUCAGGUUUUAGAUUUGUGUAUCGUUAACAAUAUUAUAAAGUAGUAUAAUUAAUAAUAAUUAAUGUUAUAUUUCAAUGUAGCUCCAGUAAUUUUAAUUCUAUCGACCACUAAAUUAUCAAUUAAUUGAAAACAGCAGUACCUGCCUUUGUUUUUUGAUUCAUUAUGUCCGACUCCCUAACAGAACAUGAUCAUGAUCUCGUAUCAAAUGAUUCAGAUGCCGAAGGAUCUCAUAGUGUCUGCUCCGAUACUCAUAGUGAUACAGCCUCAGGUAUAACAGAAAAAAGUACUUUAUCUGGUUCUACUAUCCAAGCAUCCCUAGGGAACGAUGAUAACUCAACUAAUCCAUCCUCGAUUGCUGAUUCCGAUAAUAAAACUGCAAACCGUAAUAUUUAUCAUAGAGAUAUUCUUCUGCCAUGGGGUGCGCAAAAGGAAAGAACAUCAUCACAAGUUCCUGGAAUGGCAGUUGAUAUGGAUAUUAGACCAGGAGAAUAUGUGAUGAGAAGUUUAUUUGCAGUAUUUACUGUUUUAGCAGAGAAAAAAAUUGACUCUGUGUUGAAUGAUUCCCAAGUUAAGGAAAAAACAUUAUCUAAAGCCUUACAGAGAGGUGAAGAUGCUCAAUUUGAUCAACUACUGAGUGCUUUCGGAUCAGUGGCUGAACAUUGCUUGCCAUCUUUAUUGAAAGCCCUUUUUUCUUGGUAUGAGAGACAGAUGUCUGAAGUAACAAUCCCAGAACUGAAAAAAACAGACCCGAAACAACAAAAAAGCAUUAUAUCUAUUGUAUCAGGAGGAACAACAGAAACUGGAGAAAGGUCUGAAGCAGAAAUACAAAAAGAGAAAAGGGAUUUAGCUGUAGAGUUCAUAUUCUGCUUAGUCUUGAUUGAGGUUCUGAAACAAUUAUCUUUCCAUCCUGGGCAUGAAGAUCUUGUGCAAUACAUAGAAAAUUUAGCAUUUAAACAUUUCAAGUACAAAGAAGGCAUACAGAAUAAUCCAAAUGCAGCAAAUAUACACAUAAUUGCCGAUCUCUAUGCAGAAGUCGUAGGAGUUUUGGCACAAUCCCGAUUUAUGUCAGUCAGAACUAGAUUUAUGAAUGAACUCAAAGAGCUGAGAUCUAGGGAACCUAGUCCUAAUACAACCCAAAGUAUAAUAAGUUUAUUGAUGGGAAUGAAAUUCUUCAGAGUGAAAAUGGUACCAAUAGAAGAAUUCGAGGCUUCCUUUCAAUUCAUGCAGGAGUGCGCACAAUAUUUUCUUGAAGUUAAAGAUAAAGAUAUAAAGCAUGCAUUAGCUGGCUUAUUCGUGGAAAUACUGGUGCCAGUUGCUGCAGCUGUUAAAAAUGAAGUAAAUGUACCAUGUCUGAAACAUUUCGUGGAAACUUUAUUUUUCCAAGGACUAGAUUCCAUCACCAAAUCAAAACAUAGAUUGGCCCUCUUUCCAUUGUUAACAUGUUUAUUGUGCGUCAGCCAGAAGCAAUUCUUUCUACAAAAUUGGCCUUCCUUCCUUAUUGUUUGCCUACAACAUCUCAAAAACAGAGAUCUGAAAAUGUGUCGAGUUGCUCUGGAAUCGAUGUAUCGCCUUCUUUGGGUUUAUGUGAUCAGGCUCAAAUGUGAAAGUAAUUCAGUUACCCAAUCAAGAAUUCUUAGCAUUGUUAAUUCACUCUUUCCGAAGGGAUCCAAGGUUGUAGUACCAAGAGAUACCCCAUUAAACAUAUUUGUAAAAAUUAUUCACUUCAUCGCCCAAGAAAGGCUAGAUUUUUCUAUGAAAGAAAUAAUUUAUGACCUACUUUCUGUAGGCAAACCUAUAAAAAUAAUAUUAACUCCUGAAAGAAUGAGUAUUGGACUGCGGGCAUUCCUCGUUAUAGCCGACAGUUUACAAGAGAAGGAAGGAGAACCACCCAUGCCCAGAUCAGUUGGCAUAAUGCCAAGUGGUAAUACGCUGAGAGUAAAGAAAACCUUCAAAAAUAAAGUUUUAACAGAAGACACCAUAGGAUCAAUUGGAAUGAGUUCAUAUUUUCCUUCUGUGCGAACAGCAUUUGCUGAAAUUCUUGUUACUUUAGAUUCCAGCUUGGGUAAACCUUUUUUGAUGACUAACACACAAAAUCUGCUGAAGCCAGAGGAAUUAAUGUUGGGAGAACGAAAACCAAAAAUGGACUUAUUCAGAACUUGCGUAGCUGCAGUUCCUAGACUGAUUCCAGAUGAUAUGACUAGUGCAGAACUGGUUGAUUUAUUAAGUAGAUUAACAGUUCACAUGGAUGAAGAAGUUAGAGCCUUGGCCUAUCAGAGCCUACAAACGUUGGUAUUCGAUCUUCCUGACUGGAGACAUGAUGUAAUAUGGGGGUUAACUCAAUUCUUGAUGAAGGAUAUUUUGGACACUUCCCCUCAAUUAAUGGAUAACGGGUUGAAAAUGGUACUAAAUUUACUGAUUACUUGGAAAAAUGCAAUUUCGGGAAGUAGUAUGGUUCCUAGGAUGAGCAGAGAUUACAAUGAAUUCAAAUCUAGCGUAGUUGAUUCAACCCUCGCGAAAAAGACUGAUACAGUUAAAAUUGAAAGCUUAAAUUUCGCUUUAAAUAUGGUGGAAGCCCUAGCUAUGGUAAUGCUGUGCAAUAAUCGACUUACCACAAGAAGAGUCUCAGUUUUAAUAUUGAAAGAAGUAAAAACACUAUUCAAGUUACUCAAUAUAAGCAAUAUAGCUGCUAUAGAAGUUAUGGACAAAUGUUGUCCGAAAAUUAUAGAAAAGUAUCUAUAUUUGUUACCGCCUGCCGAAAAGUCUGCUGUACAGUCAAACUCCUCUAUUGAUCUGCAGUGGUUGAGUGAAAGAAAUUCUAAUGUAUGGACUGCUGGACUGUGUGAAGAUGGUACCAUAAAGAGUGGGAAUUCUUAUUCGUUUACAGUAGUGGAUCCAUGGUGCAGCGUUUUGUUUGAUUUCUUUGAUACUGGAAGGUUAAUUGAUCAGUGCCCUACCCUCAUAUCGAAUAUCUGGCCUAUCGUUUUCUCCCGAUUGAAUACCUUAUACUCUGUGGUGGAUGUUACACCAUUGAAUGAUAACAGAGCUUCGCUAUUGAGGAGUUCCACAGCUGUCAAAAAAACACCAAGUGAAAAGGAUGCAUACUUGCAUCUUUAUAAAAAUUACAUAACAUUAGCUUGUCGAGUAUUACCCCGAAUAACUCCUCCAGUUAUUCCCAUACCACAGCCUCCACCAAUAAGAUGUGUUAGUCCCGACUCAAGUUCAAGUUCUAAUACAGACAGCAGCCUUAGCAGUAAUGAAAAAAUCGAAAAUAAAUUAGCAAGUGUAUCUCCUACUAACCUCUACAAGCUGGUGGUACCAUUCUUACGCUGUGAAGUUCCCGAUGUUAGAGAUACUACAAUAUAUGCCUUAGGUCAUAUUCAUCACGAUGCCUUAGGGGACCUUCUUGAAGAAUUAGUUCCUUUCAUUAAAGAUAUAUUUGAGAAAAAACAAGAAAAUGUUAGAAGAAGGAGAAGGAAAAAUCCUCUUCGUUUGACACUGAUAAAGUUAUUUGAACAAUUAGCCGACAAAGGAACUCUAGGCGCCAGUUCGUGGACUAUUGAUAAGCAUAGGCUUACUCUAAUUCCCCAAAUAAUUGAAUUUAUCGAAGCAGUGAGGUACCACUUGGAACUUGAAACAGAUAAAAAUUCACCGGGUGCAGUUGAAUUGAUACUGCACUUCUGCAAUUUCAUAAAGAAAAUGUUUGAAAAUUUCGAUUUGGAAAAGAGGGCUAAUUUAUUGAAAAGAGAACUUCGCAGAAAAAUAUUCCUACUAUUUUCUCAGUCAGCAGGGAAGUACGCUUUGAAACCAAGUACCACAAAUGAAGGAGAUCAAGAAAAAAUAAGUGAUUUCCAAUAUGCUGUCCUUCAAUCAAUGAGUGCAGUUUUGUGCAGUGGACGUUGCUUCAGUCCAAAUGAUUGGGUUGAAGAAUCUCCCUAUUACCCUUGGUUGGAUAGGAUGCUUAAUAGCAAUGAGGAAAAAGUUUUCAAACUCGCCCAAGAAACCAUCAUUCUACUUCUGGAAGCCAACCCUGAUAUUGGAUUACUUGUUGACUGGCUUAUCGAAAAGUGCUUCACAUAUAAUUAUCCAGUGGCCGAUGAAUGUUUUCUUGCGUUGUCAUACAUGUUCAGCACAAGGGAAUAUCCUUGCGAUCACUAUUAUGCAGUAAUCAAUGUAACCUUGAUGAACACCGGCUGUCCAAGGACCCACAUCCGAGACACAGCACUUCAACUUCUACAAAUUCUCGACAAGAGAUUUUUUGGAAGUGUUAGUCCUCAUUUUGAAAGAGAUACCGGCGAUGGCACCAAAAGAAAGGGCACCCUCGACUCUCUUUUGGCCACUACAUUCUGCAGGUCUCAAGUUUAUUUGUCGAGUCAACUGGCUCACCUUCACCCCGAAUUGACCAUGCCCAUGUUUUCAGAAAUAACAUACCGAUUCAAUACAGCCCGAUCAGACAUAAGACCAAUGUUAUUAGAAUAUAUUCUGCCCUGGUUACACAAUAUGGAAUUGGUUGAUCCAAAUGUACCCCCUCAAUAUUACCAAUAUUAUUCCUCAGAAAAUGUGAGGACCAAGAGAGAAGGAUGGGGUUCUUCUGAAGCUACUGAGAUGGUUCUGAAUAAUAUGUUCUACAUUACAGCAAAGUUUGGAGAUUAUCAUCCUAAAGAAAUCGAACUUGUUUGGAAAACACUAUGUUCUUCUUGGCCAAAUAAUAUGAGAGUUAUUAUACGAUAUCUUAUUAUCAUUUCUGGCAUGGCUCCUACAGAACUUUUACCUUAUGCGAAAAGAGUUGUCUUGUAUAUGGCGCGCGUUCAACCAUCUAAAUUAUUUGACGAGAUGAUGACGGAACUACAGACUGUGGAAACUCUGAAUUUCAACAUCGAGAGGACUGAAACACCACCUUUCUACCGUCUUACUAUGAUGAGAAAGACUUCAAGCCAUUCAGAUGGCAAUACUGGUCAAGUGGAUUCAAACAGCAGAUACGAUCUGAGCGUUGAGAAGGGUACGAUUCACACCAAGAGACACAGUGGUGAAGACCCUUCCAAAGUUUCACAUGCACUUGGAGAUUUUACUAUGGAAAAAUGCAAAAAUCCAGACGACAUGUAUUCAGAUGAAAAUCCUAAUCAAGAUAAAUGUGAUAUGCCUAUACCUCAGCCGCAUCCAUUACCAAUGCCUGAAUAUGGAGGCUAUUUUGCUCCAUUAUCUGUCUAUCUUCCAGAUAGCUCACAACUUAUUUCAAGUUUUCAUAGGUGUAAUAUAGGAGUAAUGUUAUUGUGCGAUGUGGUCAUCGAUGGUUUAGAGUUAGACUGGACGAUUCAUGUACCGCUUAUGCUUCAUGUAGCAUUUUUGGGUCUAGAUCACACUCGUCCUUUAGUACACACUCACUGCAAACAGUUGUUGCUCAAUUUGCUUAUUGUUAUUGCCCAGCACAACGACUAUUUAACAGUAGCUCAGAUACUCAUGACGACUAAAACAGAAGAACUUGAGCUAGGACUGUCCAUUCCUUCGUUGCCUGUGAUAUCUCAUAACUACACAGAGCCAGACCCAGUGUUUGAUGCUUUUUUGAAUUCAAAUAAACACCAACCUGAAGCGAAUGCUAGUAAAGUACAAAGUGCCGAUCCUCCUUCAGAAAGUGAAGAACUGACCGAAUCUGAAGAGGAAACAUCCGAGCAAAAAGUUAAGGCACCUGAAGUUAAUCUGCACGCUUCAUCGUCGACAACGCCUAAGUUGGAACAAACCACGCCGAACAUAAUCAAGUCCCUCAUCGCGUUCCUGGCCAAACGCAAUGACGAUAGUCCAUUGUGGAAUUACGAAGAUAUAACGGCGAAAGUUUGGUCGAUCAAAAGUGCCGAACAAAUGGAAACGUUGCUGCAGCACGUGGUCCAUGUAUUCAGGGAAUCGUUGCCUUUGGGUCACAUAAAUGAAAGAUGGGCCCAAACGGCUCUACAGUUAGGAUUGAGUUGUUCCUCUAGACACUAUGCAGGCAGGUCCCUGCAAAUUUUCAGAGCUUUGAAAGUACCAAUUACGACUCGGAUGCUUUCUGAUAUUCUUAGUAGAUUGGUGGAGACGGUUGCCGAACAAGGAGAGGAUAUGCAAGGUUAUGUAACUGAAUUACUACUCACUUUGGAAGCAGCAGUGGAUUCGUUAGAAUCAGAUUUCCGACCCAUAGAUUGCAUGAAAGAGUUUUUCAAGUCAACACCCAACCUGAAUAAUAAAGAAACAGCUCCUAAGAAGGGUGUGGGCGAAGGUCAAUCCAAUGUAAUACCUCAGAUAAAUUAUCAACUGCAGACGGGUCAUGCUAGGAGCACCAGUUACUCGGUUUCAUACGGGUUCAAAAAAUCUACUUCUUCCCCUAACGAUGGCAAAGAUAGAGGUAGAAGUAGUCAUGAACCUGAUCAUAAAAUACCAUUGAACAAAUUUGCGUCUAACUUGGCGAGAUCAAGGUCUGCUCAAAGUUUGAAGAUGUUAGGGGACUCAGCUACCCAGGACGAUAAAAUGACCAUUUUGGCUCAGCUGUUUUGGCUAGCUGUGUCACUUCUUGAAUCUGAUUACGAGCACGAGUUCUUGUUGGCCGUCCGUCUGCUGAAGAGAGUUCUGCAUCGAUUACCUUUGGAUAGGCCCGAUGCCAGAGAUAAAGUUGAAAAACUGCAGCAGCAACUUAGAUGGACUUCAUUUCCGGGAGUUCAUGCUCUUUUGCUGAAGGGCUGUACUCAUCCAAACACAUAUGAACCAGUUAUGGAAUUGCUUUCCCAGCUAACUCUUUUGCUCAAUCUAUCAGUUAUUGAUCCCUCACAAAAUAUUGCGUUCCCCAUGAACGUUAUAGCUCUCCUGCCUUAUCUCUUACUGAAUUAUGAGGACGCAAAUGAGUUGUGCAUACGUGCUGCUGAAAAUAUUGCUCAGGUUAGCAUAGAAAAAAGUAAGAAGCUUGAAAACCUUGGAACUGUUAUGAAUCUCUACAGUAGGAGAACAUUCAGUAAGGAAAGUUUUCAGUGGACAAAAUGCGUGAUAAAAUAUCUAUAUGACACAUACUCAUAUCUCAGUUUGAAUAUGCUAUCUCUUCUGGUGGAAAUAUUAGAGAAGGGGCCCAGUACGCUACAACUAGCUGUUUUGAAUAUAAUUCACUGUAUGUUGCAUUAUGUGGAUCUGGUAUCUGCUGCUGGUCACCCAAUAAACUCAGACCUCUUAAGGGUUAUCGUCAAAUAUAUAGAUGGCGUUCACUGGAAGGAAGCCCUUAAAAUUCUCAAGCUUGUCGUCAGUAGAUCAAGCUCUUUAGUUACUCCACCUUCCUCAACAUAUUCACAGUGGGAAAGCUCUUUAUCCUCAACAUCACAUGCCAAUUUUGGAGAAGAUACCAGUUUUUCAAAGAAAGAACUACCAGGUCGGACAAUGGACUUUACAUUUGAUUUAUCACAAACGCCAGUGAUUGGUAGAAAAUAUUUGAAUACUAAAGAAGAAACGGCAAAUUCCCCAAAAGUAGUAGCAACGCCUAGACGUUCUUGCUCCCUUAGUCCUGCUGAUGCUGUACCUUCAUCAGGUUGGAAGAGACCAUGGAUGUGUCAGGGCCGAGUGCGUGAAUGUCUUGUCAACCUGCUAACAACAUGUGGACAAAGGGUUGGAUUGCCUAAGAGUCCUUCUGUUAUAUUCAGUCAAACUUCUGAUCUCAUUGAACGUCAGUCGAGUAUGGCUUCAAGCACCGAAGAAGUAUCUCUAGGCAACAACGAUGCUAGUGGAGGUUCUCGCAGAGACGAAACUGCCACUGAUUUCGGUGUUUUCAAGGACUUUGACUUUCUGGAGUACGAAAGUGAAAGUAUCGAGGGGGAGAGCACAGACAAUUUCAACUGGGGUGUCAGGAGACGACCCCUAAGUCAAGGAGAUCAUCUAAGACAUGGUGAAGAUAGCGUAAGCGAGCUUACCCCAGUUCUUACUUCUAGAAAGAAAAUGGUUGAUGGAGAGUCCUCCGAUGAAGAGAUAGAAUCUGAAUCGCCAUUAGACGAGAUUGUAGCAGGACCGGAGUUCGAGAACAAUGCAGCCGAGGGCGCGUGCGCAGUUUUUCCUCCAUCUUCAUUGAACUUGAGAGAUCCUGCAUCUCAGAUAAUAUCUAGUGGUAGAUCUGAUACCAGUGGAUCCAGUGCGGGUGAUUUGGGUGAAGUUACACCUUGCAAUACUUCUCCAAGUCUUGGAAUUCAGAGACCUCAGAUGAGGAUAGAUGCACUCGAGAACUAUCAGUCCUUCGUGGAAAUCUUGCAAUCUCCUCCCACCAAUCCCCAAUUCUUCCAACAACUACAAAAGAUGGUGAAGACCGUCUGUCAAGCAUCAUUUGAAUCAUCUAAAGAAGCAUGUUCCUACUUAUCGCUUUCGUCAAUAGCUGGCCAACCAAUAGUCAAGCUAAUAAAUUCGAGAUUAAAUUCCGUAAUUGAUAGCAUCACUUUUCGAAUUAUGGUUCCCAAUUUGGUAUGGUUCAAUGAAAACGCCGUAUCAAAUCUCAACCUGGGGGAAACGUUAAAAUGUGCUAUAUUGCAAGUACAAGAGCAUCUUGAAUUGUUCUGCGACAAAAAGCAACAACUCACUAUGUAUUGCGAUGCAGUAAAAACCACCUUGAAGUUGGAAAUGCUCAGCGGCCAACCGUCAGAAUAUAGACACGAUCAGUACUUUAUGGAAUUGGGAAAAUCGAUCUUUAAAUUAUAUUUUCAAUUAUUACUUUUAGUUGAAGCUGUGAACAAGUUAGUGUGUCUUUUACACACCACGCUACUUGCUGCUGACUUCAAAGACAUGACACCAGAGGUACUCACUAUAAGAAAUGCCUUGGCCAGAACUUUUGAAGAUACCGAGGCCGAUGGUGGGGUUGCCUCUUUAUCCACUCUUGAGGAAAAUAAUGAGAGCUACGAUUCGACCAUAACAAGACUUUUAGAUAGACAGGAGUGGACUCAAUGCGUGUUAUACUUUAAACAACACCGCAGUGCAAUAAUCACAGAAUAUGAAGAUAUUUGUGACAGGGAUGAUGAUAUUCAUACUAUCUUGAACAUUUAUUGCAAACGAAAGAUGAUGGAAAGACCAGAUCAAUCUACCAACACAAAUCAACAACCAGAUGCAUCAGAUGUUUUCGGGAGAUUAUUCCAAUUCUCAUCAGCUACCUCGGAAUUAGAAACUUUGUUCAAAGAUCCACCGCCUUCAUAGAAGACUGCUUAUUUUAAGAUAAUUUAGUCCAGUAUAAUUUAUCACGUGUAUCAGAUAGAAUUACGAAUGUGUAGGUUACUGUAUUAGCUAUAUAUUAUUUUAUGAGUGGUAAUGUUCAUGUAUGUCUGUCAUAGUUUCCUCUUUUAUAAUUUUGUUCUUCCCUCUAUAUCUGUUUUAAGAAAUUACUGAAGCCCCCUUAAUUCUAUAGAAGACUUCCUGUUAUAUUUAUUUUAUAUACAUCCAAGCCAAUUUUAUGGUAUAAUAUAAAGUUUAAUUAUUGUUAAUUAUAUUCAAAAACACAUAUUCUGCGCAUAUUAUGUUAUAUGAUCUUUUUUAUUAUUAAUUUUUUUUAUUUUAUUACAUUUAAUCCUUGUUAAUUGUUAUUUUACUUGGAAGAACAUUCAAUAUUCUUGAGAAAA